AUGGAGCCCUCUUCGACCGAUGGGCAAGAGCCGCAUCUCGCAGCAGGAGAGAUGGAGGGCGAGGAGCAGGCGGUCAUCUCCAAAGACGAGGAAGACGAAGAGGAGCAGCCCAACGAUGCGACGGUCUCCGACACGAAUGCGGCUUCCACCGCCGCCAGUGACGUCGACCAGGACGGCGCAGACAAUGACGACGACGCUGUUGAGGAAGAGGGCGACGAAGAAGACGACGUCGAGGAGGACGAGGAGGCGGACGAUGGUGAUGACAGCGACGAAGAGGAGGAGAGGCAGGUGUACCCACUGCCGCCACUGCCGCCCGUCCACGCCCCAUCCAAGGUGCAUGGCAUCGCCACGGCGGAGGUGUACAGCAUCAUCAAGGAGCUGCGCCGUCAAAUGGACGACCCGGUGGAGCGGGAGCACGCAAAAGCGAUGCUGCAGGGCGACACCGACGUGCUGCUGGCUGUCGCGCAGGUGCUGCAAGAGGCACACCUACUCCGACGAGCCACCGUGAGCGACCACGGUGUUGUCGAAGAGCAGCUCGUCCCCCAACCAGCGGCCGCGCGGCCUUCACUGCCUACUGGCUACAACAGCUGGAUUAUUGAGACUCCGGCAAGCGCGCGGCGCUGA